GGGCGGCCGGCGGGGAUGUGGCGGGCGCUGCGCGGGGGGCGCCGCCUGCUGCGGCUGGGGGCACGGCCCCGCUCCGCUGCCGCCGCCCGCGGCCCGCGGCCGCUCCUCAGGCUGGCGGCGGGGGGCGGAGGAGGAGGAGGAGGAGGAAGCAGAGCGCUGGGGGCGGCGGCGGAGCAGCGGCGGGCGGCAGAUACUGCAAAGUUCAACAUUGACUUUGUUGUAGCUCUGCUGAGGCAAGAAAAUGCAAAAGACAUCUGUGUCAUCCAAGUACCUCCAGAAAUAAAAUACUGUAACUAUUUUAUAGUUGUGAGUGGAUCUUCAACACGACAUCUCCAUGCAAUGGCACAUUAUAUGAUGAAAAUGUACAAGCAUCAGAAAGAAGACACUGAUCCUCACGCUCAGAUUGAAGGGAAAGAGACAGAUGACUGGCUGUGCAUUGAUUUUGGUAGCAUAGUGAUGCACUUCAUGCUGCCAGAGACACGCGAGACUUACGAACUGGAGAAGUUAUGGACUCUGGGUUCCUACGAUGACCAGUUAACACAGAUGACUCCACAGUCACUGCCAGAAGACUUCAUUCUUGGGCUGACUUCCCAACAGCAGUGGGAAGCGUCACCAUCUUGUGACAAGAACUGAAUGCAGCUGCCGAGGUGGCGAGUAGAAAGAGAAAUGAGUGUGCCUUAACAGACAUGAGAGGCAUGCAGGCUUCGGUGGUGACUCAGCUGUCAGUGCAGGUGAUCAGCACAAAACGAUGUAUUUGCUGGAUGCGCCUCAGUAAAUUGCUGAAGGAGCUACCAGAACGCGAUAAAGAAGGAACCGUAUCACAAGGGAGCUUCCUGGGAGAGUCACUCCCUCACUGGAGUUUUAAAUAGAAAUCUCUUCCCUGCUCCGUUGCAGCUUGCCCUGAAGCUCAGGCAUAGCUUCUACACUGAUUAUUUUCCUAGUAUCUCUGAAAGGCCUGCCCAUAGUGGCAGUGCACGUGAAGUUCCUGUGAAAAGUCUGGAUUGCUGCAAGGUGAAACAUGAAAUAAGUAGUACAGUUUAGAUGCGGUUUGUAUUAAGCCAGUUGCUUCUGGUCAUGAUGAAGCAAAUCAUGUGCUGAGUUGAAGGAGGAGAGCAAACAUAAUGGUAUUACUGAGCGCAUAAAAGCUAAGAGCAGCAGUGACAAAUAAAUGUGUCUUGAAUUAACAGAACAGUAAGUCACUUCUUCAGCCAAGGCCAAUCUGUUUUUAAUAAUAAUAAUAAACUGAAGAGCUUGA